AUGGACCAUCAGAGUCAACAAACUCUGUCCUCCGCCAACUCCACUCGGCGCAAGCUCAUCAAGAAGCACCCUACCGGCCACCACCACACCAGCUCUCUGAGCAUCGAUGGUCGUAUUGACGCCCAAUCUCUCCAGAGCAAACGCAGCUCUACGAGUCUGAGGCGUGCUCCCAGCGCUCCACCCGCCAGGACCCCGACCUCCAACGCGUCCAACAGUUCAUCGCCGCGGCAUCCUCCCACUGCUCUGCGCUCCAAUCCCUCCCCCAUCCUGCCCGGCGGCGAGUUCUCCGGCCCCUCGUCGUCACCCUACGCCUCUCAGCCUUACCACGCCGCACAAGGCCAAGGUCACGCUGCCUCCGCUGCCGCCGCCAUCCUCCGCAACGACCGUUCCUCCGAUCCCCAUUCCCACCAGCAUCAACUCAGCUUGAAGACCUCCGAAGAGUUUAUUGGCGCUCCCUUCGACGGUAGUGCGAUCCUCAAUCGCAUCGAGGCCACCAAGUCGCCCACGGCUCUCCAUCGCCCGCCCCUUCCCCCAGUCUCCCACACGAGCCCCGAUACGCGCAUCAUGGGUGGCCCUGCCCUUCGCCAGUCCGCCAGCUUCUCAGCAGCCGAUGGAGCCAUGGCUGCUGAGAAGUCAUCAGGCCCCAGGGUGACCGAAAAUCAAUUGCCCCAGUCGAAGCGCUACUCAGACGAGAGCAAGGAGCCGAAGAUAGCGGUACUGAGGAAGAAGUCGGGCUUCUCUGGCUUCAUGACCAGCUUGGUGGGGUCUCCCAAGAAGCCCUUAAUCUCAGCGCCAGAGAAUCCCGUCCAUGUCACUCAUGUGGGAUACGAUAGCACAACUGGUCAAUUCACUGGCCUACCGAAAGAGUGGCAGCGACUAAUCAAUGAGAGCGGCAUUCCCGAGAAGGAUAGGCAGGCGAACCCCCAGAUUCUUGUAGACGUCCUCACGUUCUACAAGGAGACGACCGAGAAGCCACAGGAGGAUCAGGUGCUGGAGAAGUUCCACGAUGCCAGAGCUCCCGAGAUGCGUCAAAUUGCGACCACGCCGUCGACUGGCACCAUCCCGUCCCCCGGCAUGUUCCCCACGACCUAUAAUCCGAUGUCGCCCAUGAUCAGCCCUCCAGCGAGCCCGCGUUUCCCUCAAGUGAACAAUUCUAGCUUUGAAAAUCCACGGUCACCACCGCCCGUACCGAAGAGCCAUGGCGGUCUCGUGCCGAAGGACAUCAACCUAAUGCCCAGCCGACCUGCACCCAAACCGCCCGUCAGCCUCCCAACCAGGGCAGCACCACAGCCCCCAUAUCCUGCGAAGGAUUCGGGUAUUGGCAUGCCACAGUCUAAUGACGACCAGCAGCAGGCACCUUACGUACCGCCUAAAGAUACCCCCAUGCUACCCGAGGAGCAUCGAUCUCGAUCCAAUUCUCGCGUAAAUGGCACGGCACCCUAUGCCCCCGGGCAACCAUCACCAGCAGUCGCAGCUGCCUAUCAAGCGCAGUUGAUGCAACAACAACAAGAGCAAGCAUUGGCACAAGCCCAAGCUGCUAUGACCGGGCAGAUCGGCCGAGCACCUAGCAAGCGGCAACAGACACAACAGCCCACUCCUCCGCAGUCCCAACACCAGUUUCCCCGAACCGCCGAGCAAAAUGGCGCUGCUAGGCCGCAGCAGCCUCAAAUUGGCGCUGUACCAGGCGCAAGACCGCGGCACCGACCUCGACAGAGCAAUGGCAUCGACGUCGUUGCGGCUCUUAAGAGGAUCUGCUCAGAAGGUGACCCGCGUGAGAUUUAUCGGGGCUUUACCAAGAUUGGCCAGGGUGCCUCAGGAGGUGUUUAUACUGGCCACGAAAGGGGAACCAAUCGUCUUGUUGCAAUCAAACAGAUGAAUCUGGAGCAACAGCCCAAGAAAGACCUGAUCAUUAACGAGAUCUUGGUCAUGAAGGACAGCUCGCACCCCAACAUUGUCAACUUCAUUGACAGCUAUCUAUGCGGAGGAGAACUAUGGGUAGUCAUGGAGUUCAUGGAAGGUGGCAGCCUGACAGAUGUUGUCACAUUCAACAUUAUGACUGAGGGACAAAUCGCGUCUGUUUGCAGAGAAACGUUGAAGGGCUUGCAGCAUCUGCACUCCAAGGGAGUUAUCCACCGUGAUAUCAAGUCAGACAAUAUUCUGCUUUCCAUGGAGGGCAAUAUCAAGCUGACCGAUUUCGGAUUCUGCGCGACUAUAAACGACGCUCAAAACAAGCGUACGACAAUGGUCGGCACGCCGUAUUGGAUGGCUCCUGAGGUCGUUACUCGGAAAGAGUACGGUCGUAAAGUUGAUGUGUGGUCAUUGGGCAUCAUGGCCAUUGAGAUGAUCGAGGGAGAGCCACCGUAUCUGACUGAAUCACCCCUACGAGCACUCUGGCUCAUUGCGACAAACGGCACACCAACAAUUAAAGAUGAGCACAACCUCUCGCCUGUGUUCCGUGACUUCCUCUACUUCGCCCUUAAGGUGGAUCCAGAGAAGCGAGCAAGUGCACAUGACCUGUUGAGGCACGACUUCAUGAAGCAAUGCGUAGACCUAUCACAACUGUCACCACUUGUACGAGCUGCAAGAGAAGCUCGAGCACAGGAGAAGGCGAGAAAGGGCCAGUAA